UUCCCCCCGUAGUUUGUGUCUCUGCCCCUUCCACAAUGGGGAGAUCCCCCCAGUAGUAGUUGUCUCUGCCCCUCCCACAAUGGGGAGAUUCCCCCACAGUAGUUUGUGUCUCUGCCCCUCCCACAAUGGGGAGAUUCCCCCCAGUACUUUGUGUCUCCGCCCCUCCCACAAUGGGGGAGAUCCCCCAGUAGUUCUCUGCCCCUCCCACAAUGUGGAGAUUUCCCCCAGUAGUUUGUGUCUCCGCCCUCACAAUGGGGAGAUUCCCCCCAGUAGUUGUCUCUGCCCCUCCCACAAUGGGGAGAUUUCCCCCCAGUAGUUUCU